AUUUCUGUACAGUUAUGCAAAUGAUGAUGACCAAAUGCGACAGCCUUUUCGCAACGCCUCCAUAUAUAUAAUACUCCUUCUGGUCAUUGAGGCGGUCAUCGGACUGCUUCUAAUCGCAGUAACGGCCUAUUACCACUUAGUCCUCACUGGCUAUCUGUCAGAGAUUGAGUGCCGCAUGGUCCACGGCUAUCUGCUGAAUAUCUAUAUAUUUGGGGCACAGUUGAUUCUGACGUUCCUGUGCAGCCUAUCCAUGUGGAGGCGCUUGUGGAUGCGGCGUUCUACUCCCAACAUUCAAUUACUUCUGUCAAUUUGGCUAUUCUACUCCUGCAUCAUUGUCGGCUCCGGCUUGGCUACUGUUUGGAACGUGUACCGCAGAGCGGAAGUGUUCGAGAAUGGAGCCGAAACGUCUCUGAUCCGUGGCAUCGACAUGUACUACUCGUGUCCGGAGUGGAAGCUGCUGUGGGAUGGUCUGCAGCUGCGUAAGGAGUGCUGUGGCGUCCACAGCUACAAGGACUGGAUGAAUGCCGACUGGAUGCCCCAGCAGGAGGGUAACGAUUCCUGUUCGACAACAGGUGGUACCACAGCGAUCCUGGCUCCCUACACAUGCUGCAAGCGAGGCAGCCAGAGCAUAACGAGCCAAGAUACGCUCGUCGGUGAACAGCAGGGCAAUAGCAGGCAACCGUUUCCUUCCUUCUCGCUCGAUUCCAUCCACACCAACGGCUGCCUGCCCGUGUUUACCAAAGCCCUCUGGCGGUUCUUGUACAUAAUGCUGGGACUGGGUCUGCUGUCCCUAAAAUUCCUGGUCAUGCUCUGCUUUCUGACCAAAUUCAUACUGCAGCGCCAGAACGAGAGCGAUGGAUGCGACAACGUGGCUCUCACAGAUGAUGACGGAUAUCCUCUGGUCGUUGUGAAAUACCCCUCCAAUGUGCGUUGCCUGGUGAUUGGUGAGGACGAUCUGGCUUCCGAUGUGGCGCCCGAUGUCCACUUUUGCCAUUGCGAUGACCCAACGGAGGAUGAUUGUGAAUAUUAAGUUAUUUGUUUAGUUUGGUUCUUAUAUUUUAUA